AUGGCAUCAACAUCGGUUCCAGAUCCCAAGGAUCAGUUCAAGGAAUAUCAGGAAUCGCUCUUCAAGUCAUUGGUGGCAGCUACGAAUGCAGCCAACGCAUUACCUUCGGACGAUCUCGGUUUCUAUCGAUCGCUUGAUCGCCAGUUUGCAAAGGAUUUGGAUACCUGUGGAUCUCGCUUGUUGACGGUGGCCAAUAACGUGGUGCAGCAUUGCAGUGGUGAUACUGGUGCCGAGUUCAUGGCUGUGGAUGAUGUGGAUGAUGCUACGUUCCGUUUCAAUAAUGUCAUUGAUGUGGUGGAUGGUCUCUUGGAGAAAGCGGAUAUGUAUCUCGAUGAAAUGCGUGGUCGAACACGUAAAGUGGAGAAUGAACACAAGCAAGAUGCACCCGAAGUUACCCAAGUGUCGACCAAGAACAAGCUUGAAUACAAGCUAUUGCAUGCCAACAAUAUCGCACGUCCACAACUUCAAUUCAAAGAUCGUGUGGAUAAUUCCAACAAGACGCCUUUUAUACGCAAGAUCAAAGUGAAGCCCCAUGCAAAGGUUCCUCUCGAUUAUGGCGUUACUCCAGAGAUGAUGUCGGAUGAAACACCACGCUCUUUACCACAUCCUUACGAAUACGAGAUUGAGCAUCUUGAAUAUCCCGAGUUUAUGUUUGAGGACAAGGAACCCAUCAUGUACGAGCCUUUCGACACAACAUCAGCUAUUUGGGUGGACAAUGAUGAGCAAUUGGAAAACAUGAUGAAGGAUCUUGCUACCGCUCGAGAAAUCGCUAUCGAUUUGGAACAUCACAAUUACCGAAGUUACCAGGGCUUCACAUGUUUGAUGCAGAUCAGUAUACGUGACCAAGAUUACAUUGUGGAUACCCUGGUGUUGCGUGACAGACUAUGGCAAUUGAAUGAAUACUUUGCAAAUCCCAACAUUGUCAAGGUUCUUCACGGUGCUGAAAGUGAUAUCAAUUGGCUUCAACGUGAUUUUGGUCUUUACAUUGUCAACAUGUUUGAUACCUAUUUUGCCACCAAGUUGCUCGAGUUUCCCCAACACAGCCUUGCUUUCUUAUUGAAAAAGUAUUGUUCGGUGGAUGCUGACAAGAAAUAUCAGUUGGCUGAUUGGAGAAUAAGACCAUUGCCAGAGGAGAUGCUAAAGUAUGCACGAUCCGAUACACAUUAUUUGCUAUAUAUUUACGACUGUGUUCGCAAUGAGCUGAUUGGACGAUCCGUUGCCAACUUUAACUUGUUACGAGCGGCAUUACAACGGUCGAAUGCAUUGGCAGCCACCCGAUACGAGAAGAUUGUUUAUGAUGCUGAGACGGGUAGCGGACCUAUGGGAUGGAAAGGAUUGUUGAUCAAGUGGAAGCAUCCCAUGACGGAGCAACAAUUGGCAGUGUACAAGGCCAUCCAUCAAUGGCGAGAUGUGACAGCACGUCAAGAAGAUGAAUCGACCAACUAUGUCCUUCCCAAUCACAUGUUAUUCGCCCUGGUUGAACGUAUGCCUACAGAAUCUGCAAGCGUCAUUGGUUGCUGUAAUCCAUGCCCACCUCUUGUCCGCAUGAAUGCACAAGCCAUUGGUCUCUUGGUCCAACGUGCUAAAAUGGAUGUGCUUUUCGGCAACUCAACAACAGCGUCCUCUUCACCCUCAGCAACAACAGCACAAGCGAUCUCGGACGCCGCCACCGCUACUACACCUACCAGCUCUUCAAAAUCUGUCAACAAAAAGAGCCAAAAGCCAUUGGAACGCAAUCUUGAUCCAUCCGUGUUUGAUGUUGUCAAAGUGCAAGAAGCACGUUUGCAACAAGCAAGUCAAUUGUCCAAGCCCACAUCGACCUUGUUUGGUGUAGCGAGUAUCAAUGACAUUGAUGAAGAUGAGAAGGAUAGAGCUAUUGCUGAACGUAUCCGAUCCACACUCAAGUUGACGUUGCCAUUUGAAGGUCUCAAGGUCAAGGUUGCUACCCCUACUCCUGCUGCUGUCAAGCAAGAACCUGUUGAGGAAAAGCCCACCACCAGCACACCCAUUGCUUCAACAUCUAGCACACCUGUCGCCGCCGAAGUAAAGCAAGAAGAAGAAAUGCUCUAUGUACCUUCUGAAGAACGUAACACCAAGAAACGCAAUGAACCAUCAUCGGAGGGAGAACCCAUUGUCCUUAGGGAAUCACAGCGCAAAAAGAAGAAAAACAAGAAGCAAAAGAAAAACAACAACCCACAACAACAACAACAAUAG